AUGUCUUUCGCCGAAUUCUUACAUCAGGUGGGCGGUAUGGGACGUUUCCAAAUUAUCCACACAAUGUUGCUUACCAUCCCCAUCGUGCUGAUGGCCAGCCACAACCUCCUGCAGAACUUCACUGCCGCCAUCCCAGGGCACCACUGCCAAGUCCAUAUUGAUGCCAACAACACCCGCUACCCUAAUGCCAUCCUGCGCCUGGACUCCCAGGACCUGCUCCGGGUCGCCAUCCCCAUGGACAGGAACCGGCAGCCAGAGAAGUGCCACCGCUUUGUCACCGCUCAGUGGCAGCUCCUAGACCCCAAUGUCACCGAGCCCAAUGGAACUCAGCUGGACACAGAGCCCUGCACGGAGGGAUGGACCUAUGAUAGGAGCAUGUUCACCUCCACCAUCAUUACUGAGUGGGACCUGGUGUGUAACUUGCGGAAGUUCCGGCAGAUGGCUCAGUCAAUCUACAUGGCCGGGGUGCUGCUGGGAGCGCUCGUGCUAGGCGGUCUCUCUGACAGGUUUGGACGCAAGGCAAUGCUGAUCUGGUCCUUUCUGCAGCUGGCUGUGAUGGGAACCUGCACGGCCUUCUCCCCCAGUUACAUCUCCUACUGUAUCUUCCGCUUCCUGGGUGGGAUGGCACUGUCUGGCUUUGGGCUCAGCAUCGCCUGCCUGAUUGUGGAGUGGAUCCCCACUGAGUUCCGCACCAUCACCAUUGCCAUCACAGGAUUCGUCUACACCCUGGGCCAGAUCCUACUGGCGGGCUUGGCAUAUGGCAUCCCAGACUGGCGCUGGCUCCAGCUGACUGUGUCUUUGCCUUUCUUCUUCUUCCUCAUCUAUUCCUGGUGGUUCGCAGAAUCUGCCCGCUGGCUGGUUCUGGCAGGUAAAGCUGACAGAGCAGUGAAGGUGCUCCAAAGGGUCGCCAGAGUGAAUGGGAAACGGGAAGAAGGGGAGAAGAUUACCACAGAGAUCCUAAAAUCCAAAAUGCAGAAGGAACUGUCAACGGUGAAGUCCUCCUACACUAUCUCGGAUCUGGUACGCACGCCCGCCAUACGCCGGAUAUUCUGCUGCCUCUCAAUUGUGUGGUUCUCUACCAGUUUCUCCUAUUACGGGCUGGCCAUGGACCUGCAGAACUUUGGCGUCAGUAUCUACCUGAUCCAGUUGAUUUUUGGAGCUGUCGACUUCCCAGCCAAAGUGGCGGUCACCAUCUCCAUGUCCUACAUUGGGCGCAGGGUCACGCUCUCAGCCUUCCUCCUCCUGGCUGGGCUUGUCAUCAUCGCAAACAUCUUUGUGCCCAGAGAGCUGCAGAUAGUCCGCACAUCACUGGCUGUGAUUGGGAAGGGAUGUCUUUCAGCUGCCUUCAACUGCGUGUUUCUAUUCACAACUGAGCUCUACCCCACACCGAUCAGGCAGACCGGACUGGGCUUUGGCAGCACCAUGGCCCGGGUAGGAGGUAUUGUGGCUCCCUUGGCCAAGAUGUUGGAUGAAUACUUCUCCUUCCUGCCGCCAGUCGUCUACGGUGCUGCCCCAAUCAUCUCUGGCAUUGUGGCCACCUUCCUCCCGGAGACUCUCAACCAACCACUGCCAGACACUGUGGAGGAGGUGGAGAGCAGGUCCCGAAUGAAGAGGGGUGAAGACACCAAAGAGAAGAUUCCCCUUCAGAACCAGGAGAAAGUUCUGCUCAAAGAGACUUGCUGA